AACCGUCUUCUUUGAUGAAAUUGACUUUUUGUGCUUGUAUUGCACGAUGGAAGGUUCGAACUAUAUUUUUCUGAAUCAGCAUUAAAAACUGAUUUAGAAAAAGGUUUUCAGUUCAUUUCAUAGGUAUGUGUAAAAAUUUUCAAUAGGAUUGCAUUGAUUUUCUUCCAUGCUAUGAUAGCCCAACGUAGCCUCUUCAAAAUGAGAGUCAAGCGAGAUCUUGGUUUUCCGCGGCUCGGGUGUUGUGUCGGAUUUCUUGCGAGUCCAAGGACUGGCACCCGGUGGCUGUUGGUAGCUUUGAACACGGAUGGACUAUGGGUAAUCGAUCAUGCUGAGUCUUGUGGCCAUAUUUUUUUCUAGAAAAAGUUCUAAAAUCUAUCGAAAAGCGAGUUUUGUGAAAUUUGGGUUUUCGGGAGCAACCCAGGACCGGUAGUCGUCUUUCCAUUGGGUUUGAUGGAUUGCAAGCAAGUGCUGAGGAAGCAGGUUCUAUCCUGAAGGUUGGCUGUGGUAAAUGGAAUGUUAACGUUGGACAUGGAAGCGCUUUUCCAUGUGGUACUCAAGGUCGAGAAGGUGUAUUUGUCGGAGCUGGUGCAGAAUUAAAUGCUGUUUUUACCCUAAAAGGUCGAGAAGGAGUAUUUGUCGGAGCUGGUGCAGAAUUAAAUGCUAUUUCUCUACACCAUGAGAAUGUUCAAGCGCGUGUUGGACUAGAUGUUUCAACAGGAGUUGGCUUUUCGACCACAGACGUAUCCGCAACAGUUGUCGGUGUUGGCUUUAAUGCAGCCCUUUUCGGCGGGAUGUUGCCAUUUGCCAACAUUGAGCCAAUAUUUCGCGGCUCAGAAACCGCGGCCAGAACCCGCGUUUAG